AUGACGAUCCCACUGACAUUUUUCGCCUACACAGAGGGUGUGCUCGUGGCCAAGAAGGACUUCAACCUCCCCAAGCAUCAAGACAUUGACACUAAGAACCUCUAUGUGAUCAAGGCCUGCCAGUCUCUCAACUCCCGCGGCUACGUCAAGACUCGCUUCUCGUGGCAGUACUACUACUACACCCUCACCCCCGAGGGUCUUGAGUACCUGCGCGAAUGGCUCCAUCUCCCUCCGGAGAUUGUGCCCGCUACCCACAUCAAGCAGCAGCGCUCGCACGCUCCCCCUCGUGGCAUGAUGGGCGGUGACGACCGUGCUGACCGUCGCCCUGGCGGCCGUGGUGGUCCUCGUGGUGAGGGUGGCUACAGACGCCGUGAGCAGGAGGGCAAGGAAGGUGCCCCUGGCGAGUUUGCCCCUACCUUCCGUGGUGGAUUUGGCCGUGGCCGUGGGGCUCCUCCUUCUUAA